AUGGAGACUUUAUGCAACAAGGGUGAGAGCUUUCAGAAGAAAAGUGAUGGGUUUCGUUCUUCUUUCUUCACUGGUUCCUGUGUCGAGUCCAGAGAAACCAGUUCUAGUGGGUCUUGUUCCUUGAAUUUGACUCGAGAACUAAAAGCCUCUUCUCCUCCUCCUCUUGGAUGGCCUAUUCGGAAGGCUACAAUCUCCAAAUGCCGCAAAUCAGAUGAAAAAGAAAAUGAACCUGUUUCUCACUUGGAAGACACCAAAUUUGUCAGUAUCAGUUCAAAAAUGUCAGGAGUUGAUGCGAUGAAGGAAAGGUUUGCAAAAUUAUUGCUUGGUGAAGACAUGUCAGGAUCAGGAAAAGGAGUUUGUGCUGCUUUGGCUAUCUCAAAUGCUAUUACUAAUCUGUGCGCCACUGUAUUUGGGCAAUUAUGGAGACUAGAACCUCUGCCUUGUGAAAAGAAAGCAAUGUGGCGGAGAGAGAUGGAAUGGCUUCUAAGCGUUAGUGAUCACAUUGUUGAGUUAAUACCUUCUUGGCAAACAUUUCCAGAUGGAAGUAAACUCGAGGUAAUGACUUGCAGGCCAAGGUCAGAUCUUUUUAUCAAUCUUCCAGCUUUGCGUAAACUUGACAACAUGCUUCUUGAAAUUUUAGAUAGUUGCACAGAUAUGGAGUUUUGGUAUGUUGACCAAGGAAUUGUAGCCCAAGAUUCAGAUAGUUCGGCUUCCUUUUGCAAAAAAAUUCAGCGGCAAGAGGAGAAAUGGUGGCUUCCUGUACCUCGUGUUCCCCCUGCCGGCCUCAAUGAGAACUCAAGAAAGCAGUUGAAUCACACAAGAGAAUGUGCAAACCAAAUACUAAAAGCAGCCAUGGCCAUCAACAACAAUGCUUUAGCUGAAAUGGAAGUACCUGAGUCUUACUUGGAAACCCUUCCUAAGAAUGGCAGAACUUGCUUGGGGGAUUUUAUUUACCGUUACAUCACAUCAGAACAAUUCUCUCCAGAGUGCUUGCUAGAUUGCCUUGAACUCUCCUCUGAGCAUGUUGCACUAGAGAUUGCAAACCGUGUGGAAGCUUCAAUAUAUGUGUGGCGUAGAAGAUCUCACUCUAGACCCCCACCUAAUCCUAAUCGUUCAACCACAAGGUCAUCAUGGGAAAUCGUCAAGGAUUUUAUGGCUGAUGGAGAUAAGAGAGAAUUACUGGCAGAAAGAGCUGAAAAUAUUCUACUUUCAUUGAAGCAACGGUUCCCUGGUUUAACUCAAACUACCUUGGAUACCAGCAAGAUCCAGUGCAACAAGGAUGUUGGAAAAUCCAUACUAGAGAGCUAUUCAAGAGUUUUGGAGAGCAUGGCAUUUAACAUUGUGGCUCGCAUAGAUGAUUUGCUAUAUGUGGAUGAGUUGACUAAGCAUUCAGAUAGGUUUCCUUUGGUUCCAAUGGUUUCUCAACAGCAGCUUUCACAUCCUUUGAAAGUGUCUGUCUCAGGCACUCCUCACAAAGCAUCCGUUGCCACACCUAAACUUUCACCUGCGCCACUGAUUAGUCCUAUGAGGGGAGAGAGAACUCCUAUCAACAACAACAACAACAUAAAACCUCAACGUCGUGGCUUUGGAGUGAGAAGAGUGUUGUCAAAUUAUCUUGGAGUAGAGACUAAAGAAAUAAAUUUUUUUAGCAAUUCAAGUGAGGUGAAUAGUUCAAACCCAAGUGGCAAUAAAACACAACAGCCAGAACAACGUCAGAAGGAAUCACAUGCCGUGAAAGGCAAGAUAAAAUGA